GUCUGCCCUUCCUCCACAGAUUGACUACUUCCUCUUCCAGAAGUUGAUCAGCGACGAAGAAAGCAGGUAAUAUUCUAUAUAACGAUGGUUGUCUUUACCUGUGCAGGUCUGAAGCAUCCCUUAUUUCUUCCGCCAGAAUCCUCUUCUCUUCUUCUACCCAAUCCUCUUCUCUUCUCCUACCCGUAAGCUCUCUCUUACUCUCUCUUAUAGAGACUCGGGCGCCCGGCCAUGGCGACUUCUGUCAGGAUCGUGAUCGUUGGGGACGUGCAUGAUGAUUGGGAUCUUAAAGAAGAUUCAAAUGCCCUUCACCUUUUACAGCCUGAUCUGGUACUCUUUACAGGUGAUUUUGGUAAUGAGAACGUUGAACUUGUUAGAAGCAUUUCAAAUCUUGACUUUCCAAAAGCAGCAAUUUUGGGCAACCAUGAUUGCUGGGGAACUUACGAUUUCCAACAAAAGAAGGAAACUCUAGUUCAACUUCAGCUAGAAGCUCUUGGUAAGCAGCAUGUUGGCUACAGUCGUUUGGACAUGCCAGUGCUAAAGCUAAGUGUUGUUGGCGGUCGGCCAUUUUCUUCAGGAGGUGACAAAAUAUUUCGGCCAAAGCUUCUUUCUCAAAGGUACGGGGUUCGUAAUUUGGAAGAAAGCAAAAAGAAAAUCAUCAAUGCUGCUUUAGGAGCACCUGAUGGCCAUAGUUUGAUUUUUCUUGCCCACAAUGGUCCUUCAGGAUUAGGUUCGAAAAUCGAUGAUAUAUGUGGAAAAGAUUGGGUUUUUGGAGGCGGCGACCAUGGCGAUUCAGACCUUGCCCAGGCCCUGCUUGAAUUGAGGAGCAAGCAACUCCCCAUCCCCUUAGUUGUUUUUGGCCACAUGCACAAAGGACUGGCAUAUGGAGGACUCAGGAAAAUGAUUGUGGUUGGAGCCGAUGGUACCAUUUACUUGAAUGGAGCCAUCGUCCCUAGAGUGAAGAAUCUUCAUGGGCGAGCUGGAAGCUCUAAAACUAACAAUGAACUUCACCCAGAGGUUAGAAAUGAGGAUGGCACUGUGAGAGCCUUCAGCGUUGUAGAUAUUGAGAAAGGAAGGGUGAAGAAGAUUUCAGAAACUUGGAUUUUGGUUACCAGUAAAAGAACUGCACUUGAACAGGAAAACAUAUUGUUUCAGAGACCUUAAGUAGAGGUAAUCACUUUUUGCUGUCUUGUUUUAUCAUCUGUUAUCUUGCAUAUAGAUUUGUCAUAUAGCGCUUGUUCCUUACAUAUGAUAGUCAAUUUAGCAAUCAUGUGAAGAACUAUUGUACAAACAGUCAAAUAAUCCUUGAGCUUAAUUGAACAUCCACAAUGUCUACAUUA